CUUUGGGGGGGGGGAGGGAGGGGGUUAAAUACAUCCAGCGCUCAUCUGAAGCAGCGGAGGAGCCGCUGUGGGAGGAGCUGAGCCGCGGGAGGAGCCCCGCACCGCGUGGCCGCACCGGGGGCGGUGCUCGGCUCUUCCCGGGCGCUGCCCCGCCUUCUAUGUAAGCGUGACCGCUAUUGGUCGGCGGGGCGGUGGCCGCCCGUCACGACGCCUCCCAUUGGCUGCGUCUUUGCAGCGCUUCACGCGUUCGGCUCCCCCUUUUGUUGUGGGGCGGGCGGCGAUGCGGGGUCCGGGCUGAGCGCGGCGUGCGGCGGAGGGGAGCAGCGCCAUGUCCCUGGGCGCGCCCAGCAGCAGCGACGCCUGUCUGAGCAUCGUGCACAGCCUGAUGUGCCACCGGCAGGGCGGGGAGAACGAGAGCUUCGCCAAGAGGGCCAUCGAAAGCCUGGUCAAGAAGCUGAAGGAGAAGAAGGACGAGCUCGAUUCGCUCAUCGCUGCCAUCACCACCAACGGCGCCCACCCCAGUAAGUGCGUCACCAUCCAGCGCACCUUGGACGGGCGGCUCCAGGUGGCCGGCAGGAAGGGGUUCCCCCACGUCAUCUACGCCCGGCUCUGGCGCUGGCCCGACCUGCACAAAAACGAACUGAAGCACUCCAAGUUCUGCCGGUUCGCCUUCGACCUCAAAUACGACAGCGUCUGCGUCAACCCUUACCACUACGAGCGCGUGGUGGCCCCGGCCAUCGGUCUGAGCAUCCCCACCGCAGGUGAGACCCGGGUGUUCGAUUUGCGGCAGUGCCAUCGGCAGAUGCAGCAGCAAGCAGCCACAGCACGCGCUGCUGCCGCAACCCAAGCGGCCGCCGUGGCUGGAAGCAUCCCGGGACCCGGGGCGGUGGGAGGCAUCGCUCCGGCUGUGGGGCUGUCGGCGGCCGCCGGGAUCGGCGUGGAUGAUCUGCGGCGGCUGUGCAUCCUGCGGCUGAGCUUCGUGAAGGGUUGGGGGCCGGAUUAUCCGCGGCAGAGCAUCAAAAACACGCCGUGCUGGAUCGAGGUGCAGCUGCACCGCGCGAUGCAGCUCCUGGAUGAGGUUCUGCACGCCAUGCCGGCUGCUGAGCCCGCAGCGCUGCGCUGAGUGCGUUAUGGGGGGAGGGGAGGGAAAAAAGUGGGGGGG